AUGACCAGCCCGCCGGCGACCCCUCAGCGCACGCCCCUGCCCUCGCACCCGGGGGCCCGCAAGCCGCCCGCGACGAGUCCUCCCGCGCGGGCGGGCAGCGCCUUCUCGCCGAUCAACGCCGCGCGAGAGCCUGCUGCCCCGCCGCCGCCGUCGCCGUCGCCGUCGCCGUCCCCGCCGCCCAAGCCCCGCCGCAAAGGCCGCACGAAGGCGAUCACGAGCUGCGAGCGGUGCCGGCGCGCGCACAUCAAGUGCGUCGGGCGCGGCGGCGGCAGCACCGGCGCCGCCUGCGAGACGUGCGCGCGGCGCGGCGCGGCCCACGCCUGCAGCUUCGUGGCGCGCCCCGCGCCCCGCGACGCCGCGCCACGGCGAGAACCAGAACACGACGAGGAGGAUGAGGAAGGGCCGGCGCUGCGCCCGGUGAAGGCGGACCCCGGAAGCCGGAGGGCAGAGGUCGAGAGGGCCGGGGCCAGGCCCGGGACCAGGCCCGCGGACAAACGCGACUCGGACCCCGAGCGUGCCCGCGAGCGCGAGCGCCGCCGCCGCCGGAGACUGCGGGCCCUCGCCGAGUCGGUCUUGGCGCGCGUCGAAGCCGCGGCGGACGUCAGUUGA